AUGAGGACCCUCUGCCAUGUCGCGGGGCUGCUCCUGUCCUUCCAAGCGGCUCUGGGGGUGAGUGAGCUUCGGUGGUGCACCAUCUCGGACCCGGAGCAGGAGAAAUGUGUGGCCAUGGCAGCAGCCUUCAAGGAGGCCAGCAUCCAGCCAUCCCUCAGCUGUGUCCUGGGGACCUCAGCUGACCACUGCAUCCGCCUCAUUAAGGCCAAUGAGGCAGAUGCCAUCACACUAGACGGGGGAGCCAUCUAUGAGGCCGGGAAGUACCAUAACCUGAAGCCCGUGGUGGGAGAAAUGUAUGACCAAGAGGCUGGCACUUCCUACUAUGCUGUGGCUGUGGUCAGAAGGAACUCCUCUCUGAACAUUGACCACUUACAGGGGGUGAAGUCCUGCCAUACGGGCAUCAACCGCACCGUGGGGUGGAAUGUGCCCGUUGGCUACCUGGUAGAGAGCGGCCAGCUCUCGGUGAUGGGCUGCGACGUCCUGAGAGCGGUCAGCGGCUUCUUCGGAGGCAGCUGUGUCCCCGGGGCCGGGGAGACCAGCUAUGCGGACUCCCUUUGCAGACUCUGCAGGGGCGAUGCUGCCGGGGAGGGAAGGUGUGCCAAGAGCCCCCUGGAGAGAUACUAUGAUUAUAGCGGGGCCUUCAGGUGCCUGGCUGAUGAAGCAGGAGAUGUAGCAUUUGUAAAACACAGCACAGUUCUGGAGAACACAGACGGGAAAACCCUGAGUUCGUGGGGCAGGCCGCUGCUGUCCCGUGACUUCCAACUGCUGUGCAGGGAUGGCAGCCGGGCAGAAGUCACCCAGUGGAGGCAUUGCCACUUGGCCCGGGUGCCCGCUCACGCUGUGGUCGUCAGGGCUGACAUGGACGGGGCAAUCGUCUUCCGGCUGCUGAAUGAGGGCCAGAUGAGGUUCAACCAGGAGGGAUCCAGCUUCCAGAUGUUUGAGUCCGAGGCCUUCCAGCAGAAGAACCUGUUGUUCAAAGACUCUACCAUAGAGCUGGUGCCUAUUGCCACACAGACCUACCAGGCCUGGCUGGGCACUGAGUACCUCCAAGCCAUGAUGGGCCUGGUCUGCGACCCCAAUGGGCUCCCUAGCUACCUCAGAUGGUGCGUGCUCUCCACGCCAGAGAUCCAGAAGUGUGGGGACAUGGCGGUAGCCUUCAGCCGAAAGCAGCUGAAGCCCGAGAUCCAGUGCAUCUCAGGCGAGUCCACCAGACACUGUAUGGAACAGAUCAAGGCCAAGGAAGCCGAUGUCAUCACUCUGAGCGGAGGCGAUAUUUACACGGCCGGGCAGACCUACGGCCUCGUGCCAGCUGCAGGGGAGAGCUACCAGGACGACAGGAAGGACUCCUACUACGCAGUGGCCCUGGUCAAGAGGAACAGCUCCUACGCCUUCACCAUCGAUGAGCUCAAGGGCAAGCGGUCCUGCCACUCCGGCCACGACAUCGCAUCUGGCUGGGACAUCCCUGUCGGGGUCCUGGUCCACAGAGGUUUCAUCCGGCCCAAGGGCUGUGACGUCCUCCAAGCCGUGAGUGAAUUCUUCUCAGCCAGCUGUGUGCCCGUGAACAAUGCCAAAGACUACCCGCCCCGGCUCUGUGAGCUGUGCAUCGGGGAUGACCAUGGCCUGAACAAAUGUCAUGGCAACAGCCAGGAGCGUUACUAUGGCUACAGUGGAGCCUUCAGGUGCCUGGCUGAGGGCGCUGGAGACGUGGCCUUUGUCAAGCACUCCACAGUAUUUGAGAACACCAACGGCUACAACACUGAAAACUGGGCAGUCGGCCUGAGGUCUGAGGACUAUGAACUGCUCUGUCCCAAUGGCGCCCGGGCCGAGGUCACCCAGUUCGAGGCUUGUAACCUGGCUCAGGUGCCGGCUCACGCUGUCAUGGUCCACCCAGACACCAACAUUUUUGCUGUGUAUGGGCUGCUGGACAAAGCACAGGACUUGUUUGGGAAUGACAGCAACCAGAAUGGGUUCAAAAUGUUUGACUCCUCGGAUUACCACGGCCAAGACCUGCUGUUCAAAGACUCCACCGUCCGAGUGGUGCCAGUGCGGGAGAAGACCUCCUACACAUCCUGGCUGGGCCAGGACUAUGUAGCUUCCCUGGAGGGCCUUCAGUCGCUGCAGUGCUCAGGAGCAGUGACCGCUACCCCAGCCCUGCUGCUGCUCCUGCUGCUGCUCCUUGGCUCCAUCUUGAGCAGCCCUGACCUGUGACAGCUCCCCCAGCCCUUCCUUGAGCUGAAAGGAGGCUCAGCCCUCAAAUACAUAAA